AUGCCUUUCAUCCGCCCUCCUUUAGAUCAAUCUCUUACAGUCCCGGAGUUAUACGAUUGGCACUAUGAACAUAACAGGGAUUUUCCGUUUUUCGUUUACGAGGAUUCGCCAGGUCACCUAAGGAGAAUUAGCUAUGGUGAAGCUAUGCAAGGCGUGCACAGGGCAACACAGUACUUCCGCGAGCAAUUCGGUGAUGCGUUGCUCCGACAGACCGGCAGUAACCCUCCCAUUGUCGCCAUUUUAGCUGCAUCAGAUACCAUCACAUUCUUCUGCUGUCUUAUCGGUGCGCUGAGGACAGGAUGUACAAUAUUUCCAAUCUCGCCUCGUAAUAGUGCUCCCGCCGCUGCACACCUUUUAUCCAAGGCGAAGCCCAUCGGUAUCGUUGUGUCCUCGGAACCAUCUCUCCAGCAACUUGCGGAUGAUGCAAUCGAGACUAGUGAAUGUCCGGAACUUCGUAAAUACGACAUACCAGUAUUCGAAAGACUAUUUCCGGGCGAAGGUUUCGAUCCGCAGUUCCCAUUCGUUCCAUCGGCAAAGCUAGACAUGAAUUCUCUUGCUAUUAUUUACCAUUCUUCUGGAACGACAUCGUUUCCGAAACCAAUAUAUUGGACACAUGAAGCUGCAUUCUGGAUGGCAAGCCUCCCUCUCUCGGGCGAAGUGGAUACAAUAGGCUCUGUCGUUGCCGUUCAUUGCAUAGCGAUGUUCCAUGCUAUGGGCUCACUUCCGUUGACUUUCCCGGCCACCUCCGGAUUCACCUUAGCUGUUUUCAAACCUCGUUCGCCUGCUACUGUGCCAAACCCAGUGAACGUCUUUGAGGGAGCAAUUGUUACAGAGUCUGAGUACAUGUUCAGUCCGCCGGCAUUCUAUGAGGAAUGGGCGCAGGACAAAUUGAAGGUUAAAGCAAUGGCAAAGAUGAAAGGGGUGGUGUACGGUGGUGGUCCUCUUGCAAAGCACGCGGGUGAUACCCUUGCUAGGAAUGGUGUCAACGUUUACCAAACAUAUGCAUCCACGGAGACUCUGGGAUUGAGCGAAUACCUGCCAAAGCCACCUGGUAUGGACUGGGAUUACUUCAAAUUCUUGUCCAGCAAGAAGGUACACCUUGAGGAUUUCGGCAAUAACGUGUUCAGAGUAGUGACUCUCACAAAUGAAAACUUCAGACCUCUAGUCAUAAACACAAAGAUCGAUGGAGUUGAUGCAUACGCGUCUGACGAUCUUGUGUCUCCACAUCCGACGAAGCCAGGUUACUAUAAAGUAGUUGGACGCGCCGACGACCAAAUCAUGCAUUCGAACGGAGAGAAGACGAAUCCUGGACCAUUGGAAUGGAUGCUUAAGCAAGAUCCGCACAUUCAAGAUGCAGUCAUGUUCGGACGCGGACGCUUCCAAUGUGGUGUACUCAUCCAACCGAAGAAGGACUACCUUGUUAAUCAUUUGAGCACGUCAGAACUUGAGGAAUUUCGUAACGCUAUCUGGCCAACGGCCGAAAAAGUCAAUGCUUUCGCUCCAACGCACUCUCGUCUUUUUAAAGAGAUGAUAAUUGUCACUUCUCCGGAAAAGCCAUUUGAGUAUACCCCAAAGAGGACACUACGGCGGCAGAGGAUUCUUGAUGCUUACGCGGUGGAGAUUGACGCGGUUUACGCUGCUGUUGAAGAGAGUGCCCAAACUGAUAUUGGUACUCCAAAGGAUUGGUCCGAAAGCUCUGUCCUCGAGUUCGUAAGGAACGUCGUUGCGCACACGAUGAAGACUCAGAAGAGGAACGUACAGACGUUUGGAGACGAGGCGGACCUAUUUGAAUACGGGUUGGACAGUUUGCAAGCAACAUGGAUCCGCAACACAAUUAUGCGCGCCCUUCGUGAAUCGCAUACCAAACUUGUUCACAAAAUUUCCGCGAACUUCGUAUAUGAGCAUCCCACCAUUGCAGGUCUUGCAAGAUAUAUCAGCUCCAUGGUUGCCGGACAUGAGAUUUCCGAGGCGGAAUCACGUGAAGCAAGGAAAAAAGAGCUGCUGCAGCUAGUGAACAAGUUUACACAGUCGUUUCCGGGUUUCACUGCAAGCACGAGAAAGAAUCAGAGGGGACACAUUGUGCUGCUUACGGGGAGCACUGGUUCCCUUGGAUCGAGCUUGCUCGCUAGACUUCUUCAAAGUGACUCGGUUGCAGUCGUGUACGCUCUGUCUCGACCUUCGGAAGGUGACAUUGUCGAAAGCAGGCUUUAUAAGUCAUUCGAGAGGGAGGGUAUGGACUUGAAUCUCUUACGCAGUGGCAAAUUGAAGGCCUUGGACGGUGAUCCUAGUAAAGGCGAAUUUGGACUCGGAACAGAACAAUACACUGAGCUGCGAUCCACAGUAACACAUGUCAUUCAUAAUGGUUGGAGAGUCAACUUUAGCAAUACGAUUGCGUCGUUCGAGAGUAAUAUCAAGAGCGUGCGAAACUUUGUCGAAUUUUGUCUCAACUGCAAGGGCGAUGUGCCAGCUCGUCUCAUCUUCAUCAGUUCUAUUGGUGUCUUUCAGGAGAGCUACUCCGAAUACGCGGAACUUGAGGAACCUCUACCCACCGAUCGCAUCCCGCUUGGAAACGGAUACGGAGAGUCGAAGUGGGUUGCCGAGAAAAUAUUAAACGAAGCUGCAAAGCAGACGAACUUGAGGACAACCAUAAUUCGACCGGGACAAAUUACAGGAGGAGUGUCUGGAUCGUGGAAGGAACACGAAUGGUUCCCGAGCUUGAUAAGGUCAAGCGUGACUCUUGGAAAGCUCCCAACAGUUGACGGGAGCGUUUCCUGGAUUACGGCGGACACUGCAUCCGGCGCAAUUAUGGACAUGCUUGAUUCUGAUGAGCGUGUGUUCCACAUUGUGCAUCCUCAUCCUGUCAAGUGGAACAAUGUCAUGCAGUGGUUCUCGAAAGCAUUGAACAUACCUACCGUCUCAUAUGGAGAAUGGCUGGAAACACUGGAGAAGUCUGACGUUUCGGCACACUCUGGUACUGCUGCUGAUCUUGAGACAGCAUUUGAAAAGAACCCUGCACUGCGCUUGCUGGACGUAUUCCGAGCUGCAAAAAAUCAUGUAGGCGAGGACCUUGAGCCGCUUGGAGCGCAGAAGCUUGCGUCAGAGAAAGCGGUGCGCGUUUCGAAGACACUGCAGACUGCCGAACAGAUUAACGAGAAAACCGUCGAGUCAUGGCUAUCGUACUGGAGACAGGCCAGAAUAUUCAUUUAAAGUGUCAACUGUGUAGUAAAUGGAUAGAAAUAGACCUUGCGAC